AGUUGGCAACACUGUUUCUCACAUACAUUAAGCCCCAGACUCAAAGCAUGAAGGACCAAAGCGUCAUGCUGGCAGAACAGAGAGUGAUGUACCCUAAAGAAAUACUUGAUCCAGUCAGUCAGGAUGGAGCUAUAUCCUUCACAGAAGAAGCUGUUUCCAUAUUAAUGUCCAGCAGCAUGCUAGCCCGCUCCUUUCUUAUCCAUCCCAGAGUUCUGAAACACCAAGAAAGCUCUGAGACUGACAGCCAUAUCGCAAUGUGUCGCAAACGUGAGUCUAUGCUUCCUGAUAAAAAAGACAAAGGUUAUUGGGACAAGCGCAAAAAGAACAACGAAGCUGCCAGGCGUUCACGUGAGAAACGCCGCAUCAACGACAAGGCGGUAGAAAACAAUGUUCUGGCUCUUCUUGAAGACAAUGCACGUCUGAAAGCUGAGCUACUGGCACUUAAGUUCAAAUUCGGUUUGAUCAAAGAUCCCACAGAUUCACCAGCACAGACCUGCUCCUUUGGUUCACAUAACCAAACAUUUCCAGCAAUACGCUACAACUGACCCAAUACAAACUCUCAACCUACUUUUGGUCAUCUGUUGUCGAUCUCGGAUCAUGGUGGUCCAGAUGGGGUGCA